AGGCUCCGCGCGUCUUGGGACUCUGCGGGGCCGGUGUGCGCCGCGGCUCGGGGCGGCUAUGGCGGCGUUGCGAGCGCUGCGGAGGCUCGGGGCCAGCCUGGCUCCGCGCUGCCCCGGCCGCUGCGGCCCCCUCAUCUCGCCCCGGGCGGGCUGGCCGCAAGCAGCCUCGACCAGGAGCCUGGGCACCAGCGCGCUGCUCUUCUCGGCCCGCAAAUUCACAGACAAGCACGAGUGGAUAUCAGUUGAAAAUGGUAUUGGGACUGUAGGAAUCAGCAAUUUUGCACAGGAAGCAUUAGGAGACAUCGUUUAUUGUAGUCUUCCAGAAAUUGGGACAAAGUUGAACAAACAGGAUGAGUUUGGUGCUCUGGAAAGUGUGAAGGCUGCUAGUGAACUCUAUUCUCCUCUCACGGGAGAAGUAACUGAAAUUAACGCCACCCUUGCAGAUAAUCCAGGACUCGUCAAUAAAUCUUGUUAUGAAGACGGUUGGCUUAUCAAGAUGACUGUGGACAACCCUUCAGAACUUAAUGAACUGAUGAAUGAGGACGCGUAUGAGAAAUUUAUAAAAUCCAUUGAGGACUGACCUGGAAUGCUAAAAUAAACCACUACAAAACACUUAUAUCAGCGUAGUUUGUCAUAGAUUAGUGGUGUACAGAAGGUCUGACAUUGGGCAGCUUGAAAAAAUUGCAUAUUCCAGAAAUUUUGAAUAAGAUUUCAAGACAAAUAUGCUGCCUCUGAAUCGUGUUGUACUAAAGAGCAAUCCUGUGACAAUCAGAGAUUGCAGAUAGGAAAAAAAAUGCUUAACAUUUGCUCCCUUUUGCUAGUGAUUUUUUUAGCCUAUUAAACUUAAUUAUGUAAUUUUCAAAGUUUGGAAUGUCAUCUAGAGUAAAAUAUUUUUAGUUCCUAAAAAUACACACUUAAAGUGUAGCACUGUAACAUGCAACAGUCUUAGCAGCAGCAUGGUAACUAUGUUAGCUGUCCAAAUACAUUUACAUAGCUAACAGGUUGUUGUGAUACAAAAGUUGCAUCAGGUUUCAGGUGUGCAUAGCAAUAUAAUCUUUAAAAAGUUUAGUUUAGUUAAAAUUUUCUACAGAUACGGCUGUAGCCUUGCAGCAGACUAGAUAACAGAAAAUAAAAAAAAACUGACUUUA